UGUUGAAUUUCCAGCAAUAACAAGUCUUGUAUUCGUCUAAAUUCGAAUCAAAUAAUAUAAUUUUUCAAUUAUGCUCUUCGUUUCUCCAUAUUUGUCCUAAUGCAAAAGACUGAGGCUGUGUAACUAUCAAACGGACAAUUCAACGUUAAUUUAUCAGUGGCGAGCCCGCUCACAUUCGUUCUGCCAAGUGUCACAUAAAGAGUAUAAUUUUCCUGCUAAGGUGGUGAUGCCCGAGAAUUCUCAGGGAACAAUUGCAACUUAAAUCUCAAAAUAUGUUUUUGUUUUGGAAUCGGCAGACAGCAUCAGCCCGGGAGGCUGCUAUGCGUACCCGAGAACGCCUGGAUCAGCGAUUCGUUGACAAGUUGGACAAACUUCACAAUGGAGCAUGGAAUACAGGCGUUGUAUCGAAAGAAGACCUACAGGAGGCCUAUCGUAAAUCUCGCGAAAUCGAACAGAAUCCCAAUCGCGUUAAUAUGUGGUACACAUUUGGCAUAAUGGCUUCGGUGAUGUUGCUCACACCUUUGUUUUAUAAUCUGUUGACAUUUUUGAUUGGCGUCAAAUGUUUCCUACCCAAUAACCAUUUGGUUUGGGAAGCUACUAGGCCCAUAAGUGAUUGUGGGUUCUGUAGAGGAGUGGAGGGUCCAUUGAUCUUGAAAAAUAUGACCAGAGAAGAAUUCGCCCCAUAUGCAUAUUCAUCACUUCCCAUUGUCAUUAAGAACGCCGUCAGCCAUUGGCCAGCAAAAGAAUUGCUUAAUUUACAAUUACUCAAGGAGAUUUAUGAACGCCAUCCCGAAUCACUGGACGAAAAUUGCCACUUUUUAAGCUUGCAUUCUGAUUUGAAAUCAAUAAGAGAUGUUCUAAAUAUGCCGGCAGAGAGGGCAAAUUUGAGUACAGGCUCAACUUGGUAUGUUGGUUGGAGUAAUUGUUACGGCCCAGUUCUGGAAGAGCUGCGUAAACUCUAUGGUAGACCACAUUUUCUACCAGCUGAUGCGGAAAUGUCCAAUACAGAUUACAUAUUUUUGGGUUAUGAACAGGGAGCAUAUAUGCAUUUGGAUUACAUUCAUCGUCUCAUGUGGCAAGCCCAACUAAAAGGAAAUAAAAGCUGGAUUUUAGCACCAACGCCUGAAUGUGAUCAUGUUUGUCAAUCCUUCUCUUUCAAUGUGGAAGCUGGAGAUGCUGUUUUGGUUGACACACGGGUUUGGUAUCAUGGCACUUCGAUAGCAAAGGGUCAAUUUACAUUAACAAUUCAAUCAGAAUAUGGUUAAAUAUUUUAUUCGUGAAAAACUAAUUUGUUUUCUUCUUGCUGUAUUUUAGACUGAAAUACUAAAAGUAUCCACUGCACAUUUAUUAAAAUCCACAAUUAUGUAAAUUAAAUUUAAUCUUUAAAGAAAUAACAUUUUAUUUAAAAGUAGAAACAUAAACAACUAGAGCUGUAGUAUCAACUCUAAUUGUUUAUAUUUCAUAAAAUUGUUUAUUUUCCCAAAGUUAAUUGUGCCUCCUCACGUUGGGACAUGCCAGUUAAGUUAUGUUUACAAAAUCCAUCAUCAAAUUCCUUGAAUAUCAUAUUUAACGUCAAUUUAAAUUUAUUUUUUCAGCUAACUCUAUUUGAUUGUUCGUCAAAAAAUAAUGUCCUUUUAUAGGUAUGUGGUACAAUUAGUCCUAGGUAGCCAUAUGCUUAAAUAAGGAUUCUUAACCGUGUAUUUUCUAAAAUUUAACUUGUCAAUUUUAAUGGUCUAAAACGAGGACACCUUUUAUGAUUUGUGUGCAUACAAUAAACAAAUAUAUAUUCAUUUGA